AGGUCGGUAAUAGUUUCCUUGGCUGUGGGUCUCGUGAUCGUGACCUGCCUCGCCAUGCCAGAUGACAGUGGCGGCCAUGGUGGUGGUGGUGGCGGCUAUGAUAGCUCCGGUGGCGGAGGUGUCUAUAGUGGCUCCAUUGGAGGACGUGGUUAUGGUGGCUCCAGUGGCGGAGGCGGUUAUGGUGGCUCCAGUGGCGGAGGCGGCAAUGGUAGCUCUAGUGGCGGAAGUGGCUAUUCUGGCUCCAGUGACGGAGGCGGCUAUGGUGGUUCCAGUGGUGGAGGUGGCUAUGGUGGCUAUGAUAGCUCCGGUGGCGACGGCGGUCAUGGUGCCUCCAGUGGCGGAGGCGGCUACGGCAGCUCCGAUGGAGGUUAUGGAAAAUAUAUGUAA